AUGCGCGGCCUAUGCAAAUAUCACAUCCAGCCAGUUUGCAUUGCACAAGUAACGAGAACAGAUCUCAUGUACGGAAAACUUUCAAUUUUCUGCCUGCUCCUGGCUGUAUAUAAUUCAGAUGCUAUUCCUUGCUGGAAUUCCAAGGAAAACACAUGUGUGCCUCGGCAUCUCUGCAGGAUCGGCGCAGAAGCAGAACGCCCCGUCAUUCAGUUCCGGGAUCUAAGCAUGGCCUACUGGGAAUGUCCUCCUGCAACAAUCUGCUGUCGCAAAUCGAAAGUGGUUCCGAACAUCGAUCCAUCGCGCCCACUUCAAUGUGGCCACGUGAACAGUCUAGAGCUGAGCUCCACGAUGAAGAGACAUCAAUACACAGCCCGAGAGGCGGAAGUGCCAUGGAUGGUGGCUCUUCUGGAUGCUAGAAAUCUUGAAUAUUGGGCUGGCGGCUCCCUAAUUGCUCCAGAUGUUGUGCUAACAGCGGCUUUUGUCACUGAAAAACUAAACGAAUACCAGCUGAUUGUAAGGGCUGGCGAAUGGGAUUUGCUAACCAAACAAGAGCAAGGGCAACAUAAGGAUGUUUCCAUCAGGAAGAUUGUGCGACACUAUGGCUUCAAUCGGACAAAUGGAGCCAACAAUGUGGCCCUGUUAUUUCUCAAAAAGCCGCUGGAGCUAACCCACCAUAUAAACCUCAUUUGCCUGCCGCCACCGAAUCGCAACUUUAUCUAUAACCGUUGCAUUGUCAGUGGCUGGGGUAAGAAGAACUUCGAGGACAUGGCUUACAUGAAUGUUCAGAAGAAAAUUGAUGUGCCCUUGGUGGACAGAUCUAGGUGCCAGCGACAACUUCAAGGAAUCUUUGGCAAGAACUUCUAUCUCGACCGCAGUCUGAUGUGUGCCGGCGGUGAGAUUGGCAAGGAUGCGUGCAAAGGCGACGGAGGUUCCCCACUGGCCUGUCCCCUCCAAAGCGAUCCAAAUCGAUAUGAGCAGGUGGGCAUCGUCAACUAUGGAUUAGGAUGUGGCACAACUAUUCCUGCUGUGUACACUGAUGUCUCAAAAAUGCGGACGUGGAUUGACUAUCAGAUCCGAGAAAACUCAAACGCUUAUCAACCACAAAAUGCAGAUGAUGGAGGCAAACUAAGAAAAGAAUACUUUAGAAACUUAUAAUAGAAGUUUGGUUCUAAAUAAAAGCAAAUCUUUAUUCCUUAAUUAGAAUAGUGAUCCUAUUAAAAGG